AUCUCCCCAACCCAAACCCACUUUUCUUUAUCCCUUCCUAAUCCGUUCUUAGUCUUUCCACAUCAUUAUUAGCUCCCACCAAACCACAGUGGUAUUGGGGUCUGUGUUGUUUUUGGGAUCUAAUCUUUUCCAUCUUUUCUGGCUUUGGAUUGGAUGUGAAGGCUGCUGCCUUAUAAUCUAUAGCUGGGGUUGUGGCGUAGAAAUAUGAGAGUUGUGGAAGGCACUAGUACUUCUAAUUAUGCGAACACUUUGCGACGCUUGUGAAAGCGCAGCUGCGAUCGUUUUCUGUGCUGCCGACGAAGCUGCUCUUUGCCGUGCCUGUGAUGAAAAAGUGCAUUUGUGCAAUAAGCUCGCUAGCCGACAUGUCCGGGUUGGUCUUGCAACUCCCAGUGCUGUUCCCCGUUGUGAUAUUUGUGAAAAUGCACCAGCUUUCUUUUAUUGCGAAGUAGAUGGGAGUUCGCUUUGUCUGCAAUGUGAUAUGGUUGUUCAUGUUGGAGGUAAAAGAACACAUGGAAGAUAUCUUGUACUGAGGCAAAGAGUGGAGUUUCCAGGGGAUAAACCUAGUAGUAAUGGUGAUGAUCUCACUUCCCAACCCCCCAUCGACCAAGGUGAGACUAGAAGAGUACAACAUCAACAACCAAGAAUGACGAUUGGAGACAUCCAUCAAAAUCACAGGGCAUCUCCUGUUCGUCUAGCAGAUGCCAAUGAUGAGGGGCAUGUAAAGAUGGAUAAUAAGUUAAUUGAUUUGAACAUGAAGCCUAAUCGGAUGCAUGGACAAGCUUCAAAUAAAGAGGACCAAUAGUGGCAUAUUUAGAAGCAUGGACUCGUGCAGAUUACUUUCACUAGUCGCUAGAAGGGCAAUUCACCUACUCCUUGGCUAUCUGCUACUUCAUGAGGAACUCGCUCCUUUAAUCAUCCAUUCUGUUAAGUGGCUCUCUUGGUCAUCAAGGGUUAAAGAGUGUCUACCAUCAAGUAGUUUAGUUGUGCAGGAUAUAGUUGGUUACUCGGAAAGCAUUCAAAACUUGCCUUGAAAGCAAAAUACUGUUAUCUAUGCAACUGAUGUCGUGGUACUCAGUUGCCAUUGUUGAAAUCUUUGCGAGUGCUUGUAUUGUUGUAUUUCCACUGCAAUUUUAAUUUUUUUUUGUAAGUACCAGUUGAUCAUGGUAGCAAACGGAGAACUCCGCGCUUUACUGGAAAAAAAAAAACUGUAAGCUCAUCCAAAUCCAUGAGUGGAACGUUUUCGGAUUUCCUUGUAUUUGAUUCAACUGCAAUGGAUAAGUGUGUUAUUAAG